CUCUUUAUCAAACCAUGAACUCUAAUCAUAACUCAUCACCUACACACUUCUGAUUAAGAUUCAUUCUUUCCCUCCCCCACUUGUUUUUCUUUUUCUUUUCCUUCUUUUUCUUUCUAAAGUCAUUUCUUUAAGGAAAACAAAGGGAGUUGGAUUUUGGGGUUUUAAGAAAGUGGUAACUAAAUGGAUGGAUAGAACUGGUGUUACUGUUACAUUUGUUUGUUGUAAAAUGGGGUUCAGAUAACCAAAAUGUCUUUAACCACUCUCUCUCUCUCUCUCUCUCUCUCUCUCUCUCUCUUUCUCUUUCUUUCUGCUGCCACCCUUUGCAGAAGCAUCAAGCAUCUUUCUCUCUCUUAAGCCAAAGUCAGGAAUUUCUUUUUUUUUUCUUUUCAUAUUAAUUGCCAUAAAACCUUUCUCUUUGCUCUUUGCUCUUUGCGCUUCUCCUUUCUCCUUGUACAAUCUCUUUAUUAUCUGAAACUGAAAGGAACAAAACAUAAUCAGUGAGUUUUCCCCUUUCUUCAACCUCUCAAGUUCCAUUUUUGCUCAUUUUCUUGCAAGUUUUUCAUAAACCCGCCAAUUCUUAUCCAUCUUUAUUUUUAGAAAAUAGGUAAACUGGUUACUGAUUUUUCAAAGAACAUCAAAGUUUUUUUUUUUAAUCUUUCUUCUUCUUUCUUUUCUUGGUGGGUGGAUUAGUUUUUUUAUGUACUGUGGAAUUUGGACCCAGUGGUGUUAUUGGGGUAUGGAAUCUGGGGAAGGUAAUGGCAGGUGUUAUUGGGAUCAGCAGUUACAGAAAGUAUCAGUUAUAAGGUUUAGGACUGUAGCAGAUUAAAAGCAUCAAGCAAACAACAGCUACAAACAGCAGCAGCAGCAGGAUCAGAGCAAAAGGAAAAGCAAACCAAAGCAAAGCAAGAAGCUUUGAGUUAUAAAUCCUUCCGGAAGUAUCAAGAAUUCUAAGAACAAAAAUUUCUGAAAGAUUAGGAAUCUGGAUAAUUUCCAAAGCAAUCAGCAAUAUCCACAUCAGAAUCCUAUCUACCAAAAUGUUCGUUUAACACCGUUAGAAAAUCAAGAACAAAAUCUUGACAUACAAGAACAACAGCAAGCCCUUCACCAACAACAUCCUCCACUUCUCAAAAACAACCAACAAUAUGGAGAAGUAGCUCCCAUCAGACAAUCUUCAGAAACCGAAGAAUAUGCAAAAUCUAGACAAAGAAGAGGCAUGAAAGGCAGUGGAGGAGAAAUUGUUCAGGUUCAAGGUGGUCACAUUGUUCGGUCUACCGGGCGAAAAGAUCGACACAGCAAAGUUUAUACUGCUAAAGGUCCUAGAGACCGCCGGGUUCGGUUGUCCGCUCAUACUGCAAUACAAUUCUAUGAUGUUCAAGACAGGCUUGGCUAUGAUAGACCCAGUAAAGCAGUUGAUUGGCUUAUCAAGAAAGCGAAGUCUGCAAUUGACAAGCUUGCUGAGCUUCCACCUUGGCAUCCGACUGCUAAUGAUACUAAUGUAGCAAUGGAGGCAGACCAUAAUGCUGGUGGGACCAGCGAAAUGGCUAUCGGUGAACAAUCAGAAUCAUCUGGCUACAGCUUUCAGCUUCAUAGACAAUUGGGUGAAAGCAAUCCAAGUAAUGAUUCAUCUUUUAUGACGCCAACUAUAGAUCCUGAUGCUAUCCCUGAUACAAUGAAAUCUUUGUUUCCAACAAGCUCAACAAACUCAACUAUGAACUUUCAGAGUUAUCCAUCUGAUAUAAUCUCAAGAACCACAAACCAUACUGAAGAUCUUGGUCUUUCACUUCACUCUUUUCAAGACCAAGGUCUAAUUCAUGGGCAAUCAGCACAGGCAGACACAAGGCACACAGCUUCGAAUAAUCAGAACCUUUUCGCAAGCUCACCUUAUGAAGCCAACUUCCAAAGGAUGGUGGGUUGGAGCAAUAGCAGUACCAGUACUGACAAUAGAGGCGGUGGGGGGUUUUCAUUUAACCAGCCACCAAUGACCACACAACAAGCACUGCUAGGCCAAGACUCAGCAUUUUCUCAGAGGGGAACCCUUCAGUCCAGUUUUGCGCAAUCAAUUCGCGCUUGGAAUGAUCUCAAUAUGGCAUCAUCAAACCACCAUAGACCACAGGAAAUUCAUCAAUCUUUCAUUUUUGGUAGCAGGUUUGCACCUGAAGGAUUGGCAGGUUUCAACAUUCCAGCACGAAUUCAUGGAGAAGAAGAACACAGUGUUGUUUCAGAUAGGCCUUCUUCUUCUUCUCCCAAUUCUCAGCAUCGAUAACUCGGUUAUCUACAAGAAUCAAAGCCAAACAUGGCGAAUGAUGAGCAAAUUGAGGAUGAAGAAGAAUCAGAGAUUCCUGUCAAUUCAAUCCCGUACUACGACUUGUGAGAAGGGAACUGUCUGGUUGACUUCAACAUUCUUUUUCCUAUAUUCUUAUAUUAUAUUAUAUAUAUUUAUAUAUGUUUAACGGAUUCUAAACUUAUUCUAUACAGAACUUAUUUGUUUAUUAAAAUGGAGCUUUUCGGCUCUACUUUUGGUAUUUGUUUGACUGUUGUUAAGCAGCCUUUGCUGCUAGGAUUUGGUUUUUGAUGGUACCACUCUUUUUCUGUCAAUGUUGUUGUUGUUGUUGUUGUUGAGAAAUCAUCCAACAGUCUCCUGCUUUAUUUACUUGAAAGAAGCAUUGUAGUAACUUGGCAAGUGAAAUGAAGCACAUACACUAAAAUCUUCAUUUAAAUA